AAAUAAGGUCAUACUUCCGGGUUGACGUUAUUUACGUUGGUUGUUGUUUCAUGGUCCCUGUCAAUUCAAAACCUAAUGAUUAUUUUGGUAUCAUUUCAUACAAAUCAUUUGUUUUUCCUCAACAUAAAGUAAUGCAGUAUGGCAACAACCGCGGCUGUUGUCAGUCGACGUAUCCUCGCGGCGUUCAGGACGCAUACUUGGAGAACUAAUGAAAUAACAGGCGGCCGAUGGGUGUCUACGGUUAGACUGACAACCGAUCACGGAGGAGCUGGUGACAAAACACAACUGGAUCUCGGGGCUCCGACGUGGGACAGGGAAAGGGGAGACGAUCGCAGCCACUCCUGCCUGCUUAAGUCGUUGUCCUUGGGCUUGGGACUGUGCGCUUCUGUCGCGCUUCUGGACGGUCGAGAGGACGGUGGACCUGUAUCUGAGCCCAAAUCACGCGGGGUACUUGAACGCAUCCUGCUGUCAGCUGAUUGCGCUUCUCCUUUUAAACCUGAUACUCCUCGGUAUAAAUACAACUUUAUAGCAGAUGUCGUGGAAAAGUCCACUCCGGCUGUUGUCUACAUUGAAAUUGUGGGAAGACACCCUUUUUCUGGGAGGGAAGUGGCAGUGUCCAAUGGGUCUGGGUUUAUUAUCAGCAGUGAUGGUCUUAUCGUGACCAAUGCUCACGUGGUGGCCAACAAGCGUGGGGUCCGCGUCAAGCUCACUAAUGGAGAUACGUACCAUGCCACCGUGCAAAAUGUCGAUCCGGCGGCGGACAUCGCCACCAUCCGAAUCUCUGCAAAGAACCCUCUACCCACACUCCCGCUGGGCCGUUCAUGUGAUGUCCGUCAAGGAGAGUUUGUGGUGGCCAUGGGAAGCCCGUUUGCAUUACGGAACACAAUCACAUCAGGGAUCAUCAGCUCAGUUCAGCGGGCCAGUAAGGAGCUUGGCCUGUCCAACUCCAACAUGGACUACAUCCAGACCGAUGCCGCGAUCGAUUUUGGCAAUUCCGGAGGUCCUCUCAUCAACCUGGAUGGUGAGGUCAUCGGGAUAAACACCAUGAAAGUCACUCCAGGCAUCUCCUUCGCUAUACCAUCUGAUCGCUUGAGACUUUUCCUUGAUCAAGCUGCCAAACAAAGAAGCUCCUGGUUUGGCGAGUCUGAGACAAAGCGGCGGUACAUUGGUGUCAUGAUGCUCACACUCACGCCAAGCAUCAUUGCCGAGCUGAAGCUUAGAGAUCCAUCUUUUCCAGAAGUGACUCAUGGAAUUCUGAUCCACAGGGUGAUCAUAGGCUCCCCGGCACACAGAUCUGGCCUGCUGCCUGGAGAUGUUGUACUGGAGAUCAACCGAGUGAAGGUGAAGACUUCAGAAGAGAUCUACACGGCCGUGCGUAAUAGUGGAAAGAUCACCAUGGUGGUACAGAGGGGAGAAGAGCAGCUUCAACUUGAAAUGACUCCUGAAUAUACAGAGUGACAAACAUCUGCUCACAAUCCAACCUGCCAAGCAACUUAAUCAUGUACAAGAGUGCUACUGUGAAACCUGUUAAGUCACCAUAGCUGCCUGGAAUUAAAGGGGACACAUCAUGGAAAGUGUAUUUUAUAAUUACCGCUAUUUUAUAUUUCUAUCUGUGGACUGCUUUACCACGCAACAAUUCUGAAAUGAGGAGAAAUUGCAUAAAUGUCUCCUUCAAACAUUUUCUUGUCUCAGUAUUUGAUAUAAAACCGAGUUGUAAAAGUUUUCUUCAUCUCUUCCUAUACAAUUGCCUGUAUUAAUUUUCGUUUGACGCCUGCUUAAAGUAAUAAUGACACGUCCAACAGUAAUUUAUAAGACAGCCCAUUUAAUGUUAGACAGUAACAAGAAGCAUGGCAUGAUUGAUUACUUGAUCAGUUAGACUUACAAUUAACUUAGCGGUGUUGGACAAAUCACCAAUGGUGCAAUGAUCACAUUAGUAAAAAUGCAGUCU